CCGGAAGUCGAGCCACAUGUUGUGUACAAGUGCACUUAUCACAUUCUUUGCAGUUAUAGCCAACACUUUUGCUGCUGUUAGUAUCUAAAACAAAAUAUAAGAAGAUGAAAGUAGUUGCGUUGAUAAGUGGGGGUAAGGACAGCUGCUACAACAUGAUGCAGUGUGUUGCUGCUGGGCACCGGAUCGUAGCUCUGGCCAACCUGCGUCCUGAAGACACAGAUGAGUUGGACAGCCUCAUGUACCAGACGGUGGGCCACAAUGCUAUACAGCUGUAUGCGGAAGCCAUGGACUUACCCCUGUACAGAUGGACCAUCCGGGGGUCCGGCCUGAACACCGGCAGAAACUACACUGAGACAGAGGGAGAUGAGGUGGAGGACCUGUAUCAACUGCUGCGCCUUGUCAAGGAAGAGAAGGGCGUCGAGGCAGUGUCCGUGGGGGCCAUUCGCUCCGAUUACCAGAGGGUCCGCGUGGAAAAUGUAUGUUUGCGGCUAGGUUUGCUGCCUUUGGCCUACCUGUGGCGCAGAGACCAAGAGUCCUUGCUGUCUGAGAUGAUAUCAUCUGGCCUCCAUGCUAUCCUCAUCAAAGUCGCCUCCUUUGGCCUGGAUCCCGAGAAGCACUUAGGAAAAUCUCUGGCUGACAUGGAGCCCCAUCUGAAACAGCUCUCACAGGAGUAUGGAGUUCAUAUUUGCGGAGAAGGAGGUGAAUAUGAAACCUUCACCCUGGAUUGCCCCCUCUUCAAAAAGAAGAUUGUGAUCGAUGCAGCGGAGACGGUGAUCCACUCAGCAGAUGCCUUCGCUCCAGUCGGCUACCUCCGCUUCACCAAAAUGCACACGGAGGAAAAAGACGGCGAUGUGGUGGCGAGAGCUUUGCCCCAUGGUAGUUGUCCUUGCCAGAGCGCCAUUGACAAGAUGACUGAGGAGGUGGAAUAUGCUGAUCAAGCUGAAGACAACCAGCGCGAAUUUACAUCAAAUCCUGACCUUAGUUGUCACUGGAGCCACGACGUCCCUCCGUCCUGCUCGCCAAGAAGCUCCAGGGGCUACCAGUGGAUCUCCGGCAUCAGUGGCCUAAAGAGCCAAGACCCCGGGUUCCAGGGCCAGACGUUGGCAGCUUUCGCGCAGCUUCAAAGGGAGUUGGACCACAGAGCCUGGAACAUGAAAAACAUUAUCCUGGUUCACCUGUAUGUGAAGAACAUGGCAGACUUUGUUCCUCUCAACACAGUCUAUAAGAAACACUUUGGCAAUAACCCUCCAGCCAGGGUGUGUGUCCAGGCGCCCCUACCUGCCGGUCAGCUCGUGCAGAUGGACUGUCUGCUCCACGACUGGACCAAGCCCCCGGAGGAAGGCUGCUUCCACGAGAAAGAGGCCCUGCUUGCCCAAGGCCUGUCCCACUGGGUGCCGGCCAACAUCGGGCCCUACAGCCAAGCCGUCAGGGUAGACGAGUUGGUGUUCUGUGCGGGUCAAAUUGCUUUGGUCCCCUGUACCAUGCAGUUGGUCAAGGCCGGCUCCCACGUACAGGCCCGCUUGUCCUUCAGCCACGUGGAGAAGGUUCUGGAAGCAGUGGUCAGCGGCUUGACCUUGGCUCAUGUUGUCCAAGCACACUGCUACACCACAAAACGCCAGGACGUUAAGACGAUCAGGGCUGUCUGGGAGAGCAUGCUGAAGGCCACGGAGGAAGAAAAGGACUUGGUGUGGGAAUCUGAGAUCAAACGUGCGCCACUUUUGGUCGUCGUGGUGCCCGCUCUGCCCAAGGACGCGUCCGUGGAGCUUCACGUGAAUGCGAUUCGAGAUGAUCCCACCAAAAGGACUUCCUGUCACAUGACUGCGAAGGUGGCGUGCGGGUCAAUUGAGUGCCACACAUUACUGGGUGCUGACAGGAACAGUGCUUCGCUUUCGCUUUCCCUGGCUGUGCCGGCUGAUAACCUGGAUGUCACUGAUGUAAAGUGCCUGAGAGAGGAAAUUAGUGCUGCGUUCAAGAAGGCCAUGGAGAGGAUGGGAGCGGAGCUGGUGCCACAGUGUGCCAGAGUGUUUUACAAGUGCAACCACUCACUGGCGCUGCAGAUUGUUGAAGGACUCGGAGAAAGUUUGAGAAGCUCUCCAGCGGAGUCCAGUCCGUCCGUGGCCCUGGUUCCUGUCCUGGACUUGCCUGACUCCCAGAUCCUCCACCUAUCCUGCUGGCUCAGUUUAUAGAAACGGCCAGAGUCAACAACGCAACUCCGGCCGCCCACCGCACUGAAAUCCACCAGGGAUUUUUUUUUUUGAAGGAACAACUCUGACAGCCCGACACACCUAAUGACUUACCGAAUUGGACAUCACUGAAUGUGGAGAAGAAAAACUGCACGACCAUUGUCUAUUGUUUAUUGCUGCUGAUUGUUGAAAAGUAAAGCUGUGUGUGUCUCUAAGUGGUUUUGAGGAUAUGUUUAUUCCACUUCAUACCCCAGAACUUAAGCCAGUAAUCCACUUUGUCCUCCGCUGGAGUCGUAGACUGCAGCAGCUGUUAUUCUACCUCAGAGGCAAGUCUUGUGGAACCUCUAUAACCUAAAGCUACAUACCAAAAGACUUGAGACUACAGUCUACAAAAGGACAGCAGUGUCUCAUUCCACGGGGUGAUAAACUGUAUCCCCAGAUAUCCCACUGUUUCUGGUGGAAUUUCUCUUAGCACGCUAGCUAACACCCCUCAUAAAGGCCUAGCACCACCGCUGACACCAUCUGUUCAGUUGUAAACCUAUAGAUUUACUGUGUGACCGCUUUUUUGUGGCUGCGUGCAAUGCGCUCGGAUGAGGGGCGCGCGUUUUUUUCUCUCUCCGCCGCUCAUGCUCCAUGGGAUCCAAGGUGUGUUAUUAUUGUGUAAUAGGCAAUCAGUGCCAAGCACCUGAAAAGAUUAAGGCUCUUUAUGUUCUCUAUUGAUUCUAAGGCAGCCUGGUUAAUAGGAGAAGGACGCUACCACACACAGCUGCGGGGCAAGCGUGCGCUCCGUGAGUGUGUGUUGGCUGGUCGUCUGUGGACACAGUGCGGCGACGUGGGAAGAAAAUAACACCAUUAACCAUUGCUCCUGGAACAUUUCUUUUCUCAAAGAUCAUGAACUGUAUUGAUGAUCUGAGUUGGAAUGCAUCUUCACUCCGGCUAUUCUCUUCAUCGCGCUUUGUGACGGCAGCGAGAGUGGAGUGGGCUAUUGAUCUUCGCCCGCCACAAUGUUGUUUUGAUUGUUGUUAUCAAAAAUUGAACAAUGGAGGCGGCCGGUGGAGCCUGAAGAUUUUUAUUGGGCAUCGAAAAAACACAAACAAGCAAUUAUUUAUGAGUGCGCGCAAGCCGAUGCCCCAUAAAUAUACAGUGUGCGUUAAUGUUCACCUGUUUGCUUUUAGAGGGUCGCAUUGGGGGGAGAUUGUGGAUUUCUGAACGUGGCAGCUCUCAAAUAAGAGAUUUAGGUAAUUUCAAUGAAGUGUUUUUAGUAUGUAUAUUUCAAGUUGACACACAAAUAUGUAACCAAAUAUGUUUAAAUGAUUCCAAUAAAUGCUGUUAAACAUCA